AUGGCAAAGCUGGAUUCUGAUGGGAGCUUUGGUUGGUACUUGCUGAAAGGCAACUCAAAGGGGAAGAAGGCUCACAUGAAUUUCUUAGGUGUCACCAGUUGCCAAAGCAGCGCCCAGCCGGGUGGUCAUCGAGAUUCUCGGGUCAGAGCCUACGUCGAGGGCCAGUGCCGGGCCACCUUGUACCCAAAACUAUGUGUCCAGUGUCUCACCAGCUACGUCAACUCAACCCUGAAAACCCCACAACAGCUUGCUCAGAUAGCUCUGACGGUGAGCUUGGCCCGGGCCCGGUACACCCAGGUCUAUGUGACCCUAGUGGCUAAACAGCUCAAUCAAACAAAGGCUAGAGACUACCAAGCUGUGAAAGACUGUUUAGAUCAGAUCAAUGAUGGUGUGGAUCAGAUUAGCCAAUCCAUCAAAGAGUUGCAGAGAAUGGGUCUCGUCGGAGAAGAAGAGUUCGGGUGGCAUGAGAGCAAUGUUCGGACAUGGGUUAGUACUGCUUUAACGGACGCUACCACCUGUAUUGAUGGGUUCUAUGGUUCAGCCAUGGAUGGGAAGGUGAAGGCUACAAUUAAGGCCAAGGUGUUGAAUGUGGCUCAGCUCACUAGCAAUGCAUUGGCCUUGUUUAAUAGGUUUGCUGCGAGACAUAGAAGAGCCUCUGGUGCCACCACCCAUUGGCCCUAGCUAGUCUGGUCUUGUUCAUGAUCUUGGCUUCUUCUUCUUCAUGUGAAUUGAUCUUGUUUUUGUCUUUGUUUUGU